AUGGGUGCUGGGUGCCGGGUGCUGGGUGAAGGGUGCCGUGUGAUGGGUGCCGUGUGCCGGGUGACGGGUGACGGGUGCCGGGUGCCGGGUGAAGGGUGCCGGGUGACGGCUGACAAAGUCAGCAUACUGUCAACCUUCCUCGCUCCCUUCAAGUACCUAAGUCCUGGCACCACAAACACGGAGGAUGAAGACAAUCUCAGUACCAGCAGCACAGAAGUGAAGGAGAACCGCAAUGUGAGCAACUUGGGAAGUAGGCCCCUGCCCCCAGGGGACCGGGCCCGAGGCAACACUCCCAGCAUUAAAAGAAAAAGGCCCCUGGAAGAAGGGAAUGGGGGCCACUUCUGCAAACUCCAGCUUAUCUGGAAGAAGCUGUCCUGGUCAAUGACCCCCAAGAAUGCACUCGUCCAGCUGCAUGAGCUGAAGCCGGGUCUACAGUACCGGAUGGUGUCGCAGACGGGCCCGGUACAUGCCCCGGUCUUCGCAGUGGCAGUGGAAGUGAACGGACUCACGUUUGAGGGUACAGGGCCCACCAAGAAGAAAGCCAAGAUGCGUGCGGCUGAGCUGGCGUUGAAGUCCUUUGUGCAGUUCCCCAAUGCCUGCCAGGCCCACCUGGCCAUGGGCAGUGGCCCCAGCCUGUGUACGGACUUCACUUCAGACCAAGCCGACUUCCCAGACACGCUGUUCAAGGAGUUUGAGCCGUCUACACCCAGUGAGGGCUUUCCGGCCUGCCGGCCCGUGGACCCUGAGCUGCUGUCUAGCGCCUACCGGAGAGGAAGGCUGCUCUACCACACCCUGGACCUCAUGGGCCCAGACCGGCCAGACAGGCCCUGGCCUGCUCCCACAACCCCGGGAGAGAGGAACCCCGUGGUCGUGUUGAAUGAGCUACGGGCAGGCCUGCGGUAUGUGUGCCUCUCGGAAACGGCCGAGAACCCUCGCACCAAGAGCUUUGUCAUGGCCGUGUGCGUGGACGGGAGGACGUUCGAAGGCUCCGGACGCAGCAAGAAGUUGGCCAAGGGCCAGGCAGCACAGGCCGCCCUUCAGGCCCUCUUCAACAUCAGGCUGCCUGGCCACACCCCCAGCAGAAGUAAGAGUAACCUCCUGCCACAGGAAUUCGCCGACUCAGUGUUCCAGCUGGUCACACAGAAGUUCCAUGAGCUGACAAUUGGCUUGACACCCGUGCACGCCCGCCACAAAGCUCUGGCAGGAAUCGUCAUGACCAAAGGCUUGGACACCAGGCAGGCGCAGGUCAUCGUCCUGUCCUCGGGGACCAAAUGCAUCAACGGCGAACACAUCAGUGACCAGGGGCUGGUGGUCAACGACUGCCAUGCAGAGAUCGUGGCCAGGCGGGCAUUUCUCCACUUUCUCUAUGCACAGCUGGAGCUGCACCUGAGCAAGCGACGAGAAGACUCAGAGCGAUCAAUAUUUGUGCGUUUAAAGGAAGGAGGCUACAGACUUCGAGAAAACAUCCUCUUCCAUCUCUAUGUGAGCACAUCACCCUGUGGGGAUGCCAGACUCAACUCCCCCUAUGAGAUCACCACAGACCUGAGCAGCAGCAAGCACCUCGUCAGGAAGUUCCGAGGGCACCUGCGCACCAAGAUCGAGUCUGGGGAAGGCACGGUUCCGGUACGGGGGCCCAGCACAGUCCAGACGUGGGACGGCAUCCUGCUGGGGGAGCAGCUGGUCACCAUGUCCUGCACAGACAAGAUUGCCAGGUGGAAUGUCCUGGGACUCCAGGGCGCUCUCCUCUGUCACUUCAUUGAGCCUGUGUACCUCCACAGCAUCAUUGUGGGAAGCCUGCACCACACAGGCCACCUCUCCCGGGUCAUGAGCCACAGGAUGGAGGACAUCGGCCAGCUACCAACCUCAUACCAGCACAACCUGCCUCUUCUCAGUGGGGUGAGUAAUGCCGAGGUGCGGCAGCCAGGAAAGUCUCCCCCCUUCAGUGUGAACUGGGUCAUGGGCAAUGCAGAUCUGGAGAUUAUUAAUGCCACAACUGGGAAGAGGAGCUGCGGGGGCUCAUCCAGGCUCUGCAAGCACGUGUUCUCUGCCCGGUGGGCACAGCUGUAUGGUAGGCUGAGCACAAGGAUACCCAUCCAUGGAGACACACCAUCCAUGUACUGUGAGGCCAAGCUAGGGGCCCACACUUACCAGUCUGUUAAACAGCAGCUGUUCAAGGCUUUUCAGAAAGCUGGCCUGGGCACCUGGGUAAGGAAACCACCAGAGCAAGAUCAGUUUCUACUAACUCUCUAAGUUGUUAGACUCCUUUGCUACUGGACCACAGUGAAGCAUCUGGAGAGGAUGGAGUCAUGUGUGUGGAGCAACAUGGUGUGUCCAUUGGUUCUCAGCAUUCAUUUUCCUUCAGUGUUCCAGAAACACACAAGUUCCAUGUUUGAAUGAGUAACUAUAUUUGAAUUCAGGACAUACUGCUUUUCCUUAGGCUUCUAGUUCCUAGAACAUUGUCCACCAUACCUAGAGGUAAAAGUGCCAUUGUAUUAGCUCCAUCUGUUCUUGGUGGUAUCAAAGGAAAAGCUUCUAUUCUGGUGAGGGGAGCUGAGUUGCAGCCUUGACAAGGGGUACUGAAGUGUGGCCAGUUAGAAACUGGCCCCAUGCACCAUCCUCUGGCUUCCCUCCCUUACCAUGUACCUCUCUACUUACAAGUUUGGGUCUCACUAGCACAAAUUUAUGAGACAUUUGAAGGUAAGCCACAAGUAAAGAGAAAAGCCAUGGGCUCCCCCCAAAGAAAUCAACAGGAAUGCUCUAUUAUUUUCGUUAUUCAUUUAGAUGUCUUAUUCCAUCUUCUUUCAAAGAGGAUUUGAAAUGCACAACACUAAAGAACAACUAAAAUAAGACCAGAGAAAUGAAAACCAUUCCUGCAACACAAAGGAAUACUUAUCCAAGGCACCAAGGAGUUGUAAUCUAUGAUAUAAGAAAACCAUUUCUAAACUUCUUGCUAAGUGAGUGUUGCAAACCAACACAUACUUAUUCAGUCAACCACAACACUUUGUUUCUUUUGGUAGAUAAUGAUAGAUGGUGAAGUUUGAGUUAUAUAAGGGUUAGCCACUACCUACAAUCUCCCCACCAAGUAAAAGGGAACUGAGUCUUACACCAAAUUCUGACUCUUUGACAACAUUUUUAUUGUAAAACAAGCACCCAAAAAACCCACAUUCAAGAUGAUCUUUAGGUUUGAGAUUUCAUUUUAGGUGUUCUAAUCACCAUAUUUCAUAACUAAAAGAACUAACUUACAAAAUGGAAUAGGCGGGAUUCUACCACCUUUAGAACAGCCAUCAAACCAAGUCCACAGCUGGGCACAGGACAUUUAAAAUUUAGUCCACAGCACUAUUCCUGACAGGAGAGGUCCUAGAUUCACACAAGGGAGAGGUACACUUUUAACAUACCUUCUGUCAGCAUAUGUUCCUUGAAUUAUUUUUGUUUUAUCACUAGAAUUCAUUUUGAGCAUUCAUCAUGCCAAUUAACAAGUGUCUAAAAAUCCCUAUAUGAAGUACAUUAUGUUAAAUAACCAAACAUACAAGUAGUCAUUUCCGGUCUAUAGGGUCCCCAGUUAGAAUUCCAUCAUACCACCCCACAGAAAUGUAAGCAUUGCAUCGUGCUGUACAUAGUCUAGUAUAAACGGCAGAUAUAACAAUGAGGCAAAAAUGAAACAAACUGAGUUGUAGGUAUUUGAUAUAAGAAAACAAGAAGUAGAGAUACUAGUAUGAAAAUAGAAACUUUUCCUGGAAUUUGAUAUGUGGUCAAAUUUAUCACUCAAGUCCUUCUAGAAAAGAAAAUGGGCACUGUAGUAGACAACCUUUUUAAGAUAAAGUUUUGAAAAACAUGAACAUGUUUUGCACAUAGAUGAUUCAUAAUAUGCUUUCAUAGAAACUGAAGAACAUGAAAUCCUACUUCAAUGUAAAAACUAAGAUCAAAGGACCAGUUUAGAUUAGAUUCCUAUAGAAACCUUAGAGAACCACAAAACCAUGAGAGCUGAUUGCAGCUUAAACACUGACUCAACCAGUAGAUAUUUAGAGCCAGUCUUUAAAAGUAUAGGGGCACAGUUGGUUUCUGGUUAAAAUCUAAGGCCUUAACCUCAAAUUACUGGAGUGUUGCUUAGAGAAUACUUCACAUCAUUGUACCCCAAACAAUGUUCUUUGUAGAAUAAGACUAGCAGCAGCAGCAGGAUCUUAACCAUGAUGAAAAGAGGCAGGUAGGGUAUCUCACAAAAGGAAUCAGUUAAAGCCACUCAUAUGACUGAUUCAAGAGACAUGGAAUGCAAUUACCUUCCCAGUAAUUAACAUCUCUACCUCCCUGGAUUGAAGCUAUGUGGCCAUGAUUCACUUUUUCUAGGCAUUAGCUCUUCAAAAGAAAAUACAAACAGACUUAAGUAAAACAUAAAUAUCUGCUUGUGAGGAAAGCUACCCACCGACUCCAUUUUACCUUUAGUACUAGCAUUGAGAAUCAAUUAGUAAGUGAUUCAAAAGGAGAUAUUCUGGAAGGAGAUGAAGACUUUGCAGAGCACUGUAGCAAGAGAAGAGUUUUCCAUGAAGCUAAAAGUAAGUUUAGGAAACUGGCGCUUUUCCAAGGACAUAUCUGUCCAAGUAGAUGUGAGAUGAAAUGGGAAAUGGGACCAGGCAGUAAAUGGAGAAAGGGUAUGAUAGUGUGAGAAAGCCAGGGGCUAGGGAAAGAGCCUUCAAGAAGUGGAGGGACUAGAGGGGAGUUAAGAGCAAGAGUGAAAGGACUCUGCAUUUAUUCGCUGAAGCAAACAGGAAGCCAAAUUAAGACUGCACACCAUGACCAGAUGGUGCCAUGUAUAUGCUGCACCUGACUGGGGAAACCUGAUCCAGCUUAGAAGUGGCCAGUUACAGGAUUCUGGUGCAGUGUCUGUUAUACCUAGAAGGGACAAGUCAUAUUACCCUGAGACAAAAGGGCCAGUAAUAGAAGCCUGAGUAUCUCAUUCUCAUUCAGUGUUAAGAAAAAUAUCUCAACACUACUUUAGGCUAGGUCCAUCCUGCCUUUUUUGACUGCUGAAUUAGUCUUAAAGGCAAAUCCCCAAUGGAGAUUUGUAAUGAGAACAAAACACAAAUAGGUGAUGUGUAAUUUCUAAUCACUCUGAAUAAACCAUAACUGAGCAAAACAAAAUGAAGAUGAACAAAAUAUACAGUCAAAGAAUUCCUAGGCACCUAAGUUACCUUCCUCCCCUAUCCAUCUGAUGUGCAUCAGAACUACCAAUUCCAUAAUUCUUUCUGCUUCGUUUGCUCUCAAAUUUUCUGUAUUCUAUAUUCACACCUAUUUGGCUCCAUGACUACAAUCCAAAUAAAAUCAAAACCAUGCUUAUCUGCCUUCAAAACACACAUUGCUUUCUUACUGGGGAAGUUAAGGUUUCCUGCCUGGUUCUUAGUCAAAAAGUCAGUGUCUGAUCAUUUCUGAGCCUUUUUGCAGGACUGAGCCCAGGGAAAAAGGCCAUGAGGCCAUACAGGUUCUGCUCAUCCACCUCCAGCACAAGGUUUCACAGCAAUGUGUAAUAUAAAAUGUUCACUUUAGGAUUGCUUUGGCUUAUGUUUUUGCCAACGAUAGGAUUUGUGAGUCUAUAACUGUUUUUUCCUUUUUUAUUUCUGUGAUUCUCUUUAAACUUGUAUAUAUCUCUCACACCACUACUGCUUUUGUGAUGUCUUGUUUCUCAGAAAUGUCAAGCAGAAAUGUUUGCUUUUCAAACAAACACAUAGUUCAUAUUUUUUUCAUAUAAUUUCCUUUUCACUGUUCUUAUCAAUAAGGUUAACUUUUUUUGAUGUAGUGUUUACCAUAUCUGGAGAGCCAUAAGCAGUAAAUGCAUAGUAUAUCAAUUCCCAGAGUAGAAUAGUUAGAGUAUUUUGAUGAAAUCCUAUUUUUAGAUUAUAAACUUCAAGAUGAGUCUAUAGUAUCUUGUUUUAAAAAAUUAAAAAGACAAUUGAAAGUUAAAUAUAAUAGGCAUUUUUAAUUUAGGGAGACUUAGAUACUUGUUUUUUAAAAAGCCAUUCUAAUGAAAUAAUCUAAUUGGCCAAAAAUAAUAUAAAUAUCACUUUCUAACAGUGACCAAAGGGAUGUUAGAAGAAAAGUCUAUCUUUUUAUGUACUACCAUUUGAAAGCUACAGCCACUUUUUUGGGCAAAAGUCUUUCACUCAGCACUCAGCAAAACCUGAUGUACCUUUCCUAGUUUCUCCAUCACCGUUCUCUAAUACAGCUUGCAGAGUCCAUAAUCUAGUCCAGGAUUAGGAAAUCUACUGUCCUGCACAUUUUGAAGAGCUAUCACUCUGAGUUUCUACAGAAUUCACAGUUGGAGUGGAGAAUUACAAGCUCUGUACUACAGGAAAGGUCCAUGAAGUAGCUCCUCGCUGUACAAAUCCACUCCAUCCGCGAAGUCCCGCAGGAAGUUUCUGCAUGGGAAGAGCAGAAAUAAUAUCUGUGAGGGAUAAUUAUGGCAACGGAUGGAGAGAGGACACUGUGGAGGAGGACGCAAAGAUGGAGAGGCGGACACACGUGGUUGUCCAUGGUCCUGACUCAUUGUUGAACGUUAGAGCACAGCUGUUUCUGGGUACUCUGGCAUAAGCGCACCUCCAAAGUUCUUUCACGAAUUUCAAAUCAGAAAAGUGAAGGAUGCCGGGAUGAAACAGAAACAAAGAGACAAUCUAUGUAGACGACCAGAGAUACAGCCAUGGAAAGCAAUCAGAGUUUGUUCCCACACGGUUUCUCCUACUAGUCAGCUCUGAAGAGGUGACCGUCGCCACCACUCUUUGUUCGUAUAUCCACUAAUUCUACCUUUCUAUUCCUUUCUCAUCAUUUUUCUCUCCCUUGCCUCUCUCUUGCCCUUCUUUUGUCUGCUCCUCCCUAUCCCUGAACUUCUGCCACUUCUGUUUUGAUUUCUUAGUAUAACAGAGAGGAAUCAAGUCUCAGGUCUGCAUCUGGCCCUGAGCUGAUCUAUAUAGUAGAUUGGUGCUCAAGGUGAGGAUGCCCCUGUGUGUUCUGUGAUACUUUGACUGCAGGGAUUUAUGAUGGUCUUUUUGGACUCCUGAAAUAUUUCCAUCCAAUCUGACACAAAAGGAACACAGAUGACAUGUUUCUAGAAAUUAAGACCAAAUGGUAUCAUCCCUACAGAGAAAUGUGCACUGUAUCAAACUCUGGUGAAGGAAGUACCUUAUUUCCCUACUCAUCAUUUUGAAUUCAAAGUUGGAGAGAUGAAAUAUCCUUUAAAAAUAAAUAUAAAAUUAGCUAGAUUAUACUGCCUCUUUUCACAAGGCACUAGAUUUCUACCACUCUGCAGUACAUGCAUAAGUAAAAAUAAAAUCUUUCCCCGCAGUGCCCAGUCAAUUUUCAGCAUUUUUAAGCAAAAAGAACUUAAUAAAUAGUAAUUCUUAAUUGAAGGUAUGUACAUAAAAAGCAUGAUUGAAUGGCAAUAUUGUACCAAUGGAUGUACAUUUGUAAUAUUUGUAAAAAAAAAAAAAACCCUUAAAAUAUGAAUUUACAUGUUAAUUUGCCUCUUCUGUAAAUUGCACUUCAGUGAUAUCUGAUAAGUGAAUGUUUCUGUUAAGUGAAUAAAAAUAUCAAGUAAAA